GUCAGAUUGAAUGCUCUGUGCGCAUGUGCGAAGGUGUCCAAACUGACAAUGCUGGGGAGAUGAAGAUAGUGUGUAGCUGCUUCUGGGCUCAAGGAGGAGGAGAGGAAUCCACACGCCGACACGAUGAGAUCCAAGGCGAGGGCGAGAAAACUGCCCAAAAGUGACAGCGACAUUGUAAAUAAUAUGUACGAGACCGACCCCGAUCUCCUUGCUGGCGAAAGCGCAGAGGAGGAAACAGAGGACAGUAUAAUGUCCCCCAUUCCCGUGGGACCUCCGUCACCCUUUCCCACCAGUGAGGACUUCACUCCCAAGGAGGGCUCACCUUAUGAAGCUCCCGUCUACAUUCCUGAUGACAUUCCAAUCCCACCAGAUUUUGAACUCAGAGAAUCUUCGAUCCCAGGGGCAGGGCUAGGGAUUUGGGCCAAAAAGAAGAUUGAAGUUGGGGAAAGAUUUGGACCCUAUAUGACAGGACAGAGGAGCACAUUAAAGGAAACAAACUUUGGAUGGGAGCAAAUACUGACUGAUCCUGAGGUGACCUCCCAAGAGGGCAAUAUAAAAAAGAUUGCAGACGACCUGGGCAAUGAGAAGUUCUGUGUGGAUGCUGGCCAGGCUGGGGCUGGCAGCUGGCUGAAGUACAUCCGUGUGUCCUGUUCCUGUGAUGAGCAGAACCUGGCUCUAUGCCACGUCAACGAGCAGAUCUAUUAUAAAGUUAUUAAAGAAAUUGAGCCAGGAGAAGAGCUCUUGGUGUGUUUGAAGGAAGGUGGUUAUUCCCUUGGGAACAUGGCACCCAGCAUGGAAGAGGAGCCCUCGUUCCGCUGUGAGGACUGUGAUGAGCUCUUCCAGUCCAAGCUCGACCUGCGGCGGCACAAGAAGUUCGGCUGCAGCGCCGUCAGCUCCCUCUACGAGACCCUCAAUGACGAGAUCAAGCAGGAAGGUCUUGGAGAUGGACAGGUCUAUGAGUGCAAAGACUGUGAGAGGAUGUUCCCCAACAAAUACAGCCUGGAGCAGCACAUGGUGAUCCACACGGAGGAGAGGGAGUACAAGUGUGACCAGUGUCCCAAGGCUUUCAACUGGAAAUCCAACCUGAUUCGUCACCAAAUGUCUCACGACAGUGGGAAACGGUUUGAAUGUGAAAACUGUGUAAAGGUGUUUACGGACCCCAGCAACCUCCAGCGGCACAUCCGCUCGCAGCACGUGGGGGCUCGAGCCCACGCCUGCCCCGACUGCGGCAAGACCUUCGCCACCUCCUCGGGCCUCAAGCAGCACAAGCACAUCCACAGCACUGUCAAACCUUUCAUAUGUGAGGUCUGUCACAAAUCCUACACGCAGUUCUCCAACCUGUGCCGCCACAAGCGGAUGCACGCGGACUGCCGCACGCAGAUCAAGUGCAAGGACUGCGGGCAGAUGUUCAGCACUACCUCCUCCCUCAACAAGCACCGCCGCUUCUGCGAGGGCAAGAACCAUUACAGCCCCGGCGGCAUCUUCACCCCCGGCCUGCCCCUGACGCCCACCUCCAUGAUGGACAAGUCCAAGCCCUCUCCCAACCUCAACCACGCCAGCCUGGGGUUUAACGAUUAUUUCCCGUCCCGCCCGCACCCCGGGGGCCUCCCGUUCUCACCUGCCCCCCCGGCCUUUCCCGCCCUCACCCCGGGAUUCCCGGGCAUAUUCCCACCCUCUCUAUACCCCAGGCCCCCCUUGUUACCGCCCACACAACUGCUCAAAAGUCCCCUCAACCACACUCCGGACGCGAAGCUCCCCAGCCCCCUCGGGAACCCGGCGCUGCCGCUGAUCUCCGCGGUGAGCAACAGCAACCAGGCCCCUUCCGGGGAGGAGAAAUGUGAAAGCAGCCUGGAAAACUCCUACCUGGAGAAGCUAAAAGCCAGGAACAGUGACAUGUCCGAUGGCAGUGACUUUGAGGAUGUCAAUACGACCACGGGCACGGACCUGGACACCACUACUGGCACGGGAUCUGACCUGGACAGUGACGCAGAGAGCGACAGGGACAAAGCAAAAGACAAGAGUAAACAGAUGGAGACCAAGCCAGAUUUCGUCAGCAGCUCCGUGUCUGCGAGUUCCACCAACACCGCCAGCGAGAUCCCUCUCUUCUAUUCUCAGCAUUCCUUCUUUCCUCCCCCCGAGGAGCACCUGCUGCCCACCACGGGAGCAGCCAAUGACUCCAUCAAAGCCAUCGCCUCCAUCGCAGAGAAGUAUUUUGGGCCUGGCUUUAUGGGGAUGCAGGAGAAAAAGAUGGGUUCGCUCCCGUAUCAUUCCAUGUUCCCUUUCCAGUUCCUCCCCAAUUUCCCCCAUUCCCUCUACCCUUUCACGGAGCGGACCCUCAAUCACAACUUGCUGGUCAAGGCAGAACCAAAGUCACCCAGGGACCUCCACAAAGUCGGCAGCACCAGCUCGGAGUCCCCCUUCGAUCUCACCACGAAGCCAAAAGAGAUUAAGCCAAUCCUGCCGCCCCCGAAGGUCCUGCCAGCCCCGUCCUCGGGGGAGGAACAGCCACUGGAUCUGAGCAUUGGCAACCGCAUCCGAGCCAGCCAGAACGGAGGAAGAGAGCCACGGAAAAACCACAUUUAUGGGGAGAGGAAGCUGAUGGCAAGUGAAGUCUUACCCAAGAUUUCCCAGUCUCAGCUGCCUCAGCAGCCGUCCCUGCACUACGCUAAGCCAUCGCCCUUUUUCAUGGACCCCAUCUACAGCAGGGUGGAGAAGCGGAAGGUGACAGACCCUGUGGGUGCCCUAAAGGAGAAGUACCUGCGACCCUCCCCGCUGCUUUUCCACCCCCAGAUGUCAGCCAUCGAAACCAUGACGGAGAAACUGGAGAGCUUUGCAGCCAUGAAGGCAGACACUGGCACGUCCCUGCAGCCCCUUCCCCACCACCCCUUCAACUUCCGAUCGCCGCCGCCCACGUUGUCCGACCCCAUCCUGCGCAAGGGCAAGGAACGCUACACCUGCAGGUACUGUGGGAAGAUCUUCCCCCGCUCAGCGAACCUGACGCGGCACCUGCGGACACACACGGGGGAACAGCCCUACAGGUGUAAAUACUGUGACAGGUCAUUCAGCAUUUCCUCCAACCUGCAGCGGCACGUCCGGAACAUCCACAACAAGGAGAAGCCAUUCAAGUGUCACCUGUGCAACAGGUGCUUCGGGCAGCAAACCAACCUGGACAGGCACCUGAAGAAACACGAGCACGAGAACGUGCCAGUGAGCCAGCACUCCGGAGUCAUCACCAACCACCUCGGGACCAGUGCCUCUUCCCCAAACUCGGAAUCAGACAACCAUGCACUUUUAGAUGAAAAAGAGGAUUCGUAUUUCUCUGAAAUCAGAAAUUUUAUUGCAAAUAGUGAGAUGAGUCAAGCGUCAACUUUAGCAGAUAAAAGGCCAGAAAUCCAGGAUAUUGAUGGCAAUUCCCAGUGUCAUGGAUUAGCAAAUGAGAAAACAGAAGAUGUGGACGAUGAAGACGAAGAACUGGAAGAGGAGGACGACGACAGCCUGACGGGGAAGUCCCAGGACGAGCCGGUGUCGCCCACGGCGGAGCCCCGAGGGGCCUUUGAGGAUGAGGAAGAUGAGGAGCCCACGUCUCUCACCAUGAGCUUCGACCACACCCGGAGGUGUAUUGAGGAGGACGAAGCCGCCCUGUUAGAUUUGGAGCAGAUGCCGAAUUUUGGGAAGGGGCUGGAUCUUCGCAAAGCAGCCGAGGAAGCAUUUGAAGUUAAAGAUGUGUUUAAUUCCACCUUAGACUCUGAGACAAUAAAACAGACUCUGUACAGGCAGGCUAAAAACCAGGCUUAUGCAAUGAUGCUGUCCCUGUCUGAGAACGCUCCCCUCCACACGUCCUCCCAGAACUCUCUGGGUGCUUGGUUGGACAUGGCAGGAGCAGCUUCAGAGUCGGGGACCUUUAACCCCAUCAACCACCUCUGAGAGGUCCUCAAGGCACUGGCCAGAGUCCAAGCGAGGCGGCAGUGGUGCUGCAGUUAUCCUUGCAAAAUCCCAGCGAGCAGAAGAUGGAUGAGAGGGCCUCAGGGAGUCGUCUGAACUUUGGGCUGAGAAGGAAACCUGUCGCAUCCGACCUACACGUCCUGCAUUUUUACCUAUCCAGAGUUUUCCUUUCUAAUUUAUCAGAAUGAACCUCUCCCAAACUGGAUAACCCUGACGCAGCCCCAGGAUUUCACUGUCUGUAGGAACAGCAUGAGCAAGACAUGAAUUGCAACAGUGCAAUCAAAGAUUGGCCCCUCCAACCUCACAAACCGGUGUCACUGAGCCAAUGCAGCCUGAGCAGGAACGGCAGCUCGGAACCACAGGGCAGCAUUUCCUUCCCAUCCAGCUGAGCAGGGAAGUACUGAGGGAAGAGAGCCAGGGCUGGCCUGUCCCUGGUGCAAUUCUGACACAGUCGCUGGAGUUAUACCAGGGAAGGGAAAUUCAUCCCAUUUCACUGACCCCCAAAAGAGAUCUGUGCUCCCACAGAAAUACCAGCCUGUCCUUUGUUCCCAACAAAACAUUGGCACAGCACAAAGCUCCUCCGAGGUGAGGCCUGGAGUCAUCCUACGCUCCGUGCAGGUCCCAGCUGGGACAUCUCCAGCCUGGAACGUUGCUGGGGUCGGCAUGUGGAUGUGUCACACCAACGUGGGUCAUCGGCUGAGAGGGCAGAGGGCUCCCCAUCCCUGCCAGUGCUCCCAGCCCGAGCUGCUGCCUGGGCUGGAGUGUCACAGUGUCUGGGACAGAGCUGUGCCCAGCCAGGGCGGUGGCGCUGGUGGCACUCAGGAGUGAUGGAGCUCCUGGCAAUGCCUGGAAUUCCCCAAGCAGAAAGAUCCCAGGGUGAGCCCUUCCCUGGCUGUGCACAAGGAAGCGUGUGCUGGGUGAGUCUCACCCCACCGAGGGCAACUGAGACACAUCUCCUGUGUCAUCUCCCGGGGGUUUUGGGUGACAUCAUUCUGUGCUGAUGGUAUCUGGGGCUGUGGCAGAGAUCUCUGAUUCACACCGUUGUUCUGGCCUGUUGGACGGUGCCUCUGCACCACCCGCUGCUGCUUGGCCUGUAAUUUCAGUAGGAAGAUUAACAUUUCCGUGCUCCAGCAGCCUGAGGGUGCAGAGCUCUGCUCGGGCACGGAGAUAAGAAUUGAGUUGUCUCUUCAACCCUAAAGUUGCUCGCAGAUAUUUUAUGAGUGAUUUUAAAUCACUUCAAAGCCUCAUCUCCUUUGCUGAUACACAGCAGCCUCCAGAAAUCCUCUGGGCUUUCUGCUGUUCUCCAUUGCAGUUGCAGUCUGCUGUUGGAACAGGGAAUUUGGAGAUAACAUUGAUUUACAGAACGAUUAUGGAAGCCACGUGCAGCCUCUCUGCCUGCUCAGUAUGGAAAAGGGCAGAGGGAGGUUUCUGAGCCAGUCCAGAGUGGGAAGCCUCAUUCCAUCAUGCCAAAACAACGGAACCACCUCCCUGAGUAAAGCAGAGGUGGUGGGGGGAGUGAUCUCUUUGCAAAGUCAGCUUUGCUCCCAAGAGCACACCUGAGGCUGUUUUUAGGGAGCCGGGAGCCUCAAACUGUUCACGGAGGAAAACAUCAAAGAUGGCUUUGGUACAGAAGGAACAAAAGGUAAAUUAGCAGCACCAGUGUGUUUCCCAAGAAAAUUUAUCCUCCUUUUUUUGGUUUUCCACAACAUCCUGUGAAAGUGCCCAAGGCCCUGAGAACACCAGUCAGUGUAACCGAACUGCUUCUUGUAUUUGCACAAAGCUCUUGGGCAGGGGAAGCCCGAGAGCCAACACUGUCAGAGGAACCCUGGCUCUGCAGAGGGGAGGGACAGCCCUGUCCCAUCCCACCCCAUCCCAUCCCAUCCCACCCCAUCCCCACUGUGGCAGCUGCAGCACAGCCCUGCCCAGGCACUUGGCCUUUAAAUUAUUCCCACAGGGGCCAACUGAAAAUAAUAAAAGAAUUGUUUCUUUUCCUGAUGGAAUUUAUUUUAAUCUGUAUAUAACUUGUAAUUUUGGGCUAAUUACUCUCUUAUUUUAUUUCUUCCUUAACAGUAUUUUUUGCAUUAGGGAUCAUUCUUGUGAAGAAACAAUGUUAAUAUAAGUAUGUAGUGAAGGACCAAAAUCGUGUUGUUAAGGUUGGAUGUUGGAUGAUGGAUAACCAGGGAUUAGGAACAUUUUGUCCAUGUGCCAAAUGCCCCCAGAUCAGUCCUGCCAGUCGUGCUGCCAAUUCUCCAGACAAUCACCCCUUGGGUUCCCUUUGCCUUGAAGUGCCCAGGGCGUUGGAGGAAGGUUCUAGUGAUGGCCUUGGCUGGUUGGGAACCAGCACCAGCUCCCCCAGUGCAGGAGGAGGAGGAGGAGGCCAGUAGGGAUGCUCUGCCUCGGUGGCCCUGCUCCAGGAGAACAUGGAAAGGGUUGUAAGCGUGGGGAUAGAUCCGUCCUGUCCUGUUCCAGCACAAAGCCGAUUUGCAGCUCCUUGGAUUUUAGCAGCUGCUUGGAGCAAACAGUGUGUGAGCAUGUCUCUGGUAGGGCCCAUGGCACUGCCUGUUGUGCUGGAACAAGAUCUGUGGGCAGUAAGCAGGGUUUGCAUGCUCAGAUCCAAUGUUCUCUCCGUCCUUUGAGGAGGUCGGGAUCUGCAGCUCAAGGAGGGAAUGGAGCAGCCAAGGGAGAGGCAGUGAGCUGGUCACCAAAAUGUGGGCCAAGUAUCAAGAAAUUCAAGUGUUAUCAUGGGGAUUUAUUUGGGGUAUUUAUGGUCUUCCCAUCCACAUCUCAGCCCUUCUCCCUGUUGUGUGGUUUCUCCAAGAGCUGUUUGUCAGGUCCUUGCUCUGACUGAGCUCAUGCUGUCGCUGUCCCCCUCCCAGGGCUGAUCCUGGCUCUCCACAGACCUCCAGGAGUGAGGGCUCCUGGUGCUGGCCAGGGAUGGGGAGGUACAAUCCAGCCAGGGAUUGAGGACAUUAAAAUAUAGGGUUUAAAAUCAUGAAAUGAUUUUUUUUCUUUUCAUAUUUCCUGAUUCAGUUUUCUCCCCACUUUCUCUAGCUCAUGUCUCCGUGUGUUGUAGGAUCUCCCAACUCCUCUAAUUUAGCACUGAUUACAAGUUUUGAUUUUUCUGGUUAAGAUAAAGAAACAGAAAGCCUCAUUGAACCUCUGUUUAGCUUUCACUUUCGUUGGAUUGCACUUGAAAUGUGCUGCAGUUCCCAGCAGGUGUUGAGGUUUCGGUUUGCUGCUUUAGGGAAGAAUCCCGUAUUUUCAAGGCUGUUUCCCGAGGGUUUUGUGUUGAGGAUGUUCUGCCAUCAGGGCACGGGUGGCUUCCCAGCAGUGGGGAAGGUCUGGGAGCUUGGGUGAGAUGUGGAGCUGUGGUGCUCAGGGGUGUCCAGAGCCAUGGACACGUGGGGAUCCAGGAUCCCAGUGCAAUGUGGGCAGGUGAGGGUGGCAGGGAUGGGAAUGUGGGGUGGUGUGUCCAAUAGCCAGGGCACCACUCGAGGUGUGAUUUAAACCAGAGCUUUUUGUAGGAUCUACUUAUUGAACUAUCUUACAUCCCACGGCCUUAUUGCCACAACAGCACAGAGGAGAGAAGGGCAGGGCCUGUGGGUGUUUGGUGUGGCCGGGAGAGGCCGGGAGCCGCUGGCUGCACCCUCCUGCUCGGCGGGGAUGGAACGUCAGCGCUCCACAAAGGGCCCUGGCUUUGGCCACGGGUGGAUCUUCCUGCCUGGGCUGGAGCUGGUGGCCGUGGGUGUGGUGUCUGUGCAUUCCCUGCUGGCUGCUUGCUGGUGGUCAGUCCCGGUGUGACCACUGUGGCUGGUGUGGAGAGCGGGGAUUCUCCCGCAGGAUGUGCCGAGGCACCGGGUUCUCCCACAGGAUGUGUUGAGGUUCUUCCACGGGAUGUGCCCUUUGGUGCACAGGAUGCUCCGGGUGGGUGCCUUUCCAGGGUGUCCCAUGCCAGCCAGGUCCUGCCUCACAGGGCACCCCAGAGAUGUGGCUGUGCAGGGCUCCACGGGAGCUGCCCAAACCCAAACUGAACAGGGCUGAACAGCAAACACCAGCCGAGUUUGCUGAGCUGCAUUCCGGGACAAAUGCCCAGCCGGGGUUCAGUCCCGCUUAAAACAGUGUAGAGGAAGCUUUUGACUUCUCCCAAAUCAGCACUUAGACGCUCAGUAGACGUUCCCGGGACCGGCUUCUCGCUCCCGCCGCGCGGAGCCUCCCAGAAAGCACUUGCACAAUGACAUGGACGCGUUUGACUCUAAAGCAUCAAAGCACUGGAUCGUGAGCCCCCUCCCCUCCGCCCGGGUCAAUCUGCUGACUUACACUCGGUUUUUUACGUGCUGUAUUGUGUGUGUGUGUGUGUGGCGGGGAAGGGGAGCGGGACCCUGCCCGCCGCUGCCCCCCCGGGCAGGAGUCAGCGCUGGUCACAUAAGGGCAAAACCCUCUGCUCCUCGCCCAUGGUCAGUAGUGUUCUCACAAAGCCAUGAAACUUCUCUGUAGUGUUGAGUGAUACUGUGACUAAAACGUUCUUGAAUGAUUCCGAGGUUCUUUUUUUCUCUCUCUCUCUUCUUCUGUCAUUAAUUCUUAGUACCACUUUGGAAGAAAAAAAAAAAAAAAGAAUGAAAAAGAAAAAAAAGGCAGCUUUGAUUUCCAAAUGUGCAAUUCACAUGUGAACAAAGUAAUUCUGAAAGUAAUUCUCAGUGUAUUUUACAUUCUCGUUGAUCUCUUCAAAGCAAGAGAUGUUUUGCCCUGAUGUCAUUUCCAGCCUGCAGAAGAUGUAAUUUAAAACAUAUAUAUAUUGUGCUUGCAAGAAUCAUAAAUCUGUGCAUCCUAUGUCAUUCCUUUUCCCAUUGUUACAAUACAGAUAUGAUUUAGGUUGGAUUUUUUUUUUUCCUUUAGACCUGUAUAGUGUUUUUUUAAAUCAAUUGUAAAUGUCUGGUUUUCAUAUAAUGUUUAAAAAACAUUGAGAAAGAGGAUGGUGCUUGUUCCAUAUCAUUCUUGAUUGUAUAUUGCUUCUGUUAUGUUUAUAAGUAAACUGUGCAUGACUUGUGUUUAGCAGUCAUUAUUGUGUCUGUUUGUGAAAUUUUUAUUAAAAAGAAAAAAAUUCCGUAGAUGCACUUAUUGUAUAUGUGAUUAGAUUUUGCGUCCGAGGCUCGAAGCCUCGAACUGCCAAGGAAGAAAGAAAAAGUGUUGGCAGUUAUUAAUUAAUAUGGAAUCGCUUUGUUGGGAGCAUAAUGAAAUAAAAGAUAUGAAGUGUAGAAAAUAAUUAAAAAAAAAAAAGGCGAUUUUACAAAUUUCAUUUUGAUGCUUGUGAUAAAAGACAAAUGUACUUGUGUAGAGAAAUUCCUUUAAAAUAAUGAAUAGAAAAAGCUGAUUUUGAGGUUAAUGCUGUAGAAUAGGAAUGUAUACCAAAUGUAAUCUUUCCAAUGCUACAAUGAAUUUAUACAUGAGAUUGAUAUGCAAUAAACCUGUGUGCUUUUAUAA